AUGCUACAAGCCGCAUUGAACGGUGGAAGAGUGCUGUCAGCGGAGGAGAUCUCAUUCUCGCUCAAAGUCAGGAGCAUGUAUGAGCACGGAGACGAGCGAGCGGCGGAAUGGGUCAACUCCUUGGAUGCAUUUGUUACAGACCACAACGCCACAGACAACAACAACGACACGCCUGACGAGGGCACACGAAGUACGCUGUCUCCCACCGCCAGCACAGGCGAUCUCACCGUGCUCAAUGCAAGAUGUCAAGGCAGUAAUCAGUGGCCAUUACAAGAUGCCCGAUCCAGCUACAUUUCCGUGUCUAAGUACUCACGGGAAGCACACGAGCUAGCUGGCGGCGUCGAAGACUGGGCGGACGUCGAUGGUCGGGCAGUGGACAGGUAUGGCUUCAUCAAGAAGACCGCGCCAUCGUUUUCCGGCCUCUCUACAGGAUCUUCCCUCCGCGACACUCCUGCCAAACAAUUGAAGACAUCCCAUCUCCACCCGCAAGCUUCGCAAACCCGACUCGACCGCAUGCUCAACCGCAAACCUAGCGUUCGCUCUUCGCGAUCUGUUCCGCCGCGUCCGAGCGGCGACUGGACAGUCAAGCGAGGUCCAGCCUCCCUCCACAGUACCCACUCCAACUCCGCGCGCGCCGCACACCCUUUCCGCUCUCGUCGUUCGCGCAUCCUUGCCGAAGCUCCCGACAUGCUCAUCAAACCGCCCUCCCUCGCCGACAUUUCCGAACACGAAGACGCCGGAAAAACUGCCUCAACCUGGAAACGCCGCGAGUGGGCGCGCGAAGAGAAAUGGCAGCGAAUGGCGCGCAGGAUCCCGGAACGUAAUUCAGCGUUAGGAGGAGGCAUGUCAUUUGACUUUGAUGCGAGCGAUCCGAAGGUGAUUGAUCGCACUUGGAAGGGCAUUCCCGACCGCUGGCGCGCCACGGCCUGGCACAGUUUCCUUGCGACGAGUGCGAAACGGCGGAACUCCACGACCACAGAUGCGGAACUGAUAGGACAGUUCCACAAGUUGCAGGAGAUGAGCUGUGUCGACGACGUACAGAUCGACGUCGAUGUCCCGAGGACGGUGAACCUUCACAUCAUGUUCCGCAGGCGCUAUCGUGGUGGACAGCGACUGUUAUUUCGGGUCCUCCAUGCUAUCAGUCUGUAUUUCCCGGACACGGGUUACGUGCAGGGCAUGGCUAGCAUUGCGGCGACAUUACUGUGCUACUACGACGAGGAGAACGCGUUUGCCAUGAUGGUGCGGAUGUGGCAGUUGCGCGGGAUGGAAGCCAUGUAUGCCGAUGGGUUCGAGGGACUUAUGACCGCAUUGAAGGAGUUGGAGACAGAGUGGGUGGCUCCGGAAGUCAGCGCGAAGUUGGAAGCACUGGGUGUCACGGCCACGUCGUAUGGGACGAGGUGGUAUCUGACACUGUUCAACAUGAGCGUGCCGUUCCCGGCGCAGUUGCGCAUUUGGGAUGUUUUCAUGUUACUGGGCGAUGCGCCCGUGACUGGUUCAUCAAAUGGCAAUGGACCGGGACAUUUCGCGGGCGCGGAGUUGGAUGUUCUGCACGCGACGAGUGCGGCGCUGAUCGAUGCGACCAGAGGAGUGGUGUUGGAGAGCGACUUUGAGGAAGCGAUGCAGGUCUUGACAAGUUUCGUGCAGAUCAAAGACGAGGACUUGUUGAUGAAGGUUGCGCGGACCGAGUGGAAGUUGAGGAAGAAGAGGGCGGGUAUCAAAGUGUGA